AUGUCGUCCCAGGAUGGAACAGUUGAAGUCAACCCGGCCAGAGCCAAGAAACGUUCGACUGCAGCCUCUACAACAACGAGCCAAAAUGGACCACCACAAAGUCAAUCAUUCUUCUUUGUUGACCCUGCUUCUUCAACUCGGGAGAAACGUGCACAUGUGAUGCGCCACCAUAUCCAGGCAAAAAGGAAACAAAAUAUGCUGGCCAGUCAUUCGGACCGGCACUCUCGCCGCGAGCCUCGUGUGUAUCCGUGGAUGAAAAAGUCGAAUAGCAAUAGUGAUGAAAAUGAUUCAAAGCCUUUACGUGAGGUGAUCACAACGCAGAAAUCUACAAACUACAAACGCGAAGAGAGCAGUAAUGCAGUCGCCCAGCCUACAGAUUCAUUGACUGGGCUCCGAAAGGACCCUUUUGCAACACUGGCAUUUGAUGCAAGCUUACCGUGGGCCGAAGAACACUUAGCUGACUUAUGGACUUCUCGGCUGACGUACUGGUCCGGUCCAAAUUCACAUAUGAAAAACAGAAUAUUCCAGGGGGCGAUGCGCAAUCGGACGACCUUUGAGGCAGUCGUAUUAGGCUACUGUGCUCGUUGGGAAUUCAAUCUAGCCACUCCGCGUGAGGAUGGAUACAAGGAUAGCUCCCGAGUGCAAUUUUACGAAUCUCGAGUUCGACAGGCGUUGACAGCCAAGUCGCCACACCGCAGUAGCCAAGCUUUUGACGAAGAGGCCCUCGCUAUGACAUUGACUGGAUUGGCGCUUCAAGAGGAAAGAUUUGGCGACAAGGACAAGGCAUGCGAAUAUGCCGAACAAGCCAAAGAAUUGCAACUCUACCAACAACGGCAGUCUAUCAGCGCAGCUAACGCUGUCAAUGCAGUUUGUCGGCCAUUUCUUUUGUAUGUUCUCGGCACAAUGGAUCCGCACUCGUCGGCAGUUUCAUCAGAUGAGAUGGCCCAAAUGGUGGAUUUCCUGCAUAUGGCGCAUCAGUCCAUGGCGACAGACAAGGACGAAAACUACUUGAAGGAAGUGCCUCAACGGUCAGCAGCCUUUCAGUUUGAUAGUCCUCUGUUUCAACUUUUGUCGAGCGGACCUCGGCCCAGUCAAGUGCCUAUGGAGAACCGAAAUUUUGUGGUCAACAUCAACAAGCCAACAAACGAGCGGGCUCGCACUGCGGCGCUUAUUUAUAUCGUGCUGGCGCUGAGUGAAUUUCGACAACGAAAGAGCAAAGUGGUACGUUUUCUGGGUCAUCUGCUCCAACUUGUGGCAGACUACGACUUGGAUCGCAACCCGGCAUGCGAAUCGUUCAUGUAUUUCCUGAUGGAAGAGACUUUCGAUUCGGAUUUGAGGCAACCGGACCGAGCCUGGCAGAGCAACGACUUGCUGCAGAUUCACAAGAGGCUUCCGUUUGAGCUUCAAUUCCAGUUUAAUGAGAUGCUUUUGGGAUAUUUGAUGUUGCUACCCCCAGUUACGACGGUGGACGCUUUUGAGAAGGGUUUACAAGACAUGAAGCAUACCAACGUUCGCUAA